CUGCACACCCCCAUGUACUUCUUCCUCUCCCACCUGGCCAUCGUCGACAUAGCCUAUGCCUGCAACACCGUGCCCCAGAUGCUGGUGAACCUCCUGAAGCCAGACAAGCCCAUCUCCUUUGCUGGCUGCUGGACACAGACCUUUCUUUGCUUGACUUUUGCUCAUACUGAAUGUCUUCUUCUGGUGGUGAUGUCCUAUGAUCGGUUUGUGGCCAUCUGCCACCCCCUCCGAUAUUCUGCCAUCAUGAGCUGGAGGGUCUGUGUCACCCUGGUGAUGACUUCCUGGGCAUGUGGCUUCCUGCUGGCCCUGGUCCAUGUGGUUCUCAUCCUGAAGUUGCCCUUCUGUGGGCCUCAUGAAAUCAACCACUUCUUCUGUGAAAUCCUGUCCGUCCUCAAGCUGGCCUGUGCUGACACGAGGCUCAACCAAGUGGUCAUCUUUGUGGCCUGUGUGUUUAUCUUACUGUGGCCCCUCUGCUUGGUGCUGGUGUCCUAUAUGCACAUCCUGUUUGCCAUCCUGAGGAUCCGGUCCGGGGAGGGCCGCAGAAAGGCCUUCUCCACCUGUUCCUCCCACCUCUGUGUGGUGGGGCUCUUCUUUGGCAGUGCCAUUGUCAUGUACAUGGCCCCCAAAUCCCACCAUCCUGAGGAACAGCAGAAGAUCCUUUUCUUGUUUUACAGUUUUUUCAACCCUAUGCUGAACCCACUGAUCUACAGCCUGAGGAACGCAGAGGUCAAGGGUGCCCUGAGGAGAGCGCUGUACAAGGAAGGUCAUUCCCAAUUGGAGUGA